GAACAUAGCAUUGACAACCUCCAUUUUAAGUUCAGAAACGACAUGUUAUGGGUUAAGGAAAAAGUUAAAAAACCUACACAUAAGUUUACGUGGUUCUUAUUAUCUAAAGACACCUUUCACCUAGUUAUUUAUGUAUGAUCAACAUAUGUAUGGACUUUUGCCCUGGCUCAUGUUUGUUUAAGAUAAACUAAGUAUAGUUCUACAACAUUUGUGUAAACACAGAAAACAUAUGUUUUAGGUCACAUCCAUAUAUUAAUUGAACUUAUAUAACACGUACUAGCUAAUGGUAAAUGAUUAACCUGAAUGUAUUCUUGAAAUUACACGUAUGCCUUUUGGGAAAACCCCUCCUAUGUCCUUCUAAAUCUGUAUAUAAGAGGGGCUCAGCCCGAGUAAAGGUAGAUAUCUUAUGAUCACAAAGCAUGCUUGUGUCCUGUGUUAUUAUUUGAUAUCUCCAGGCCUGUGGGGGCUUACGGAAACUCUUUCCUGCAUUGAACCUAUACCUGCCUGGGUGGUCUUGUAACCAAGGUUCAUAAGAAUUUGGAGGCUUCGUCCGGGAAAAGCAAAUCUAACUGAGAAACCAACUCAUCCCUUUCAAGUGGGAGAUGUCGUAGUGGUCCAGCAACUGAAGCGUACCAAGAAGGAAGAGUAUCCAUUUGGACCUCCGACUACAGUGAUCGCGGUUACCCGAACAGCUAUUCUGGUAGAGGGACAACAGGCUUGGAUCCAUGCCAGUCGUGUGAAGAAGGUGAACCAAGCACCUAAGAAGCAAGCCAAGGAUAAAGGAGGUGAAGAAGGUGAUACAAAUCCUCGAACAGUGAGUGAAGCAGGUGGAAAAAAAGUCUCUGAAGAAGAUGACGUCGCUUAUUUCACCACAGACUUCUGGGAAGGUCUUGUGCCUCUUAUUCUGGGCUGCCCUGAUCGUGUUCCUGCCAAUUUGGCUGACAACUAACUGUAUUUAUCAUCCUGAAGAUUUGGGACACAUAACAAGCAUUUGUGGAGCCUCUAACACUCCACAACAGAAUAAUAUGAAUAAUACACAUGACAGACACAAGAGAAAUGAAAACUCAGAAAGUUUUACAGAUAAAAUGUUAUUAUUGAAGUUUAAAUAUGCCUAUGCCCAGAAGUCUGGAUAUGAAAAAUGUUGGAUAUGUAGUAAACUCCAUCCUAGCACUGCUAGAAUCCCCCUAAUGGCAGUGCCUCUAAACUUCACCCCCCUCCUUAAUGGCACACCUCCUCUCAUCCUUACAAAUGUCAUAAGAACGCUUUCAAAUAAUACCCUUACUUUUCAAAUUAUUAGUAGAAGUUAUUUCCCAGACUGGUGUUUUAGGUUGGUGAACUCCACAAAGGGAGCUGAAGUUUGCCAACAAGCUAAAAUUAACUUUUCAAUUACUUCAAUUGAAAGCCCUUUCUUUCACACUUCAGAACCUGCCCUAAACACCACUCUAAUGGACUUUCUUAACUCUAGUUCCACUUCCACAGUAGGACAAUUUUUGUCAAGUUUAACCUUUUCCAGUCUUUCUGAUGAAAUGAUGACAAUAUUUAACAAACGACCCCUAGCUUUAGGAAACAGUAUUUAUAUCUGUUGUGGGAAAACAUGUUAUCCAUGGAUUCCCAUGGACCCUCAGGGAUGGUGUUACCUUGCAUCACUGAUCCCUAUAAUGGGUGUGUUGGGGGAUGAUAAGGGAAGACACCUAUUAGAGGCCAGUAUGCAUCCCAGAUACCUCCUUAAGCAUUGUGAAAGACAGGAUUUAUUCCAAGAAAAGGAUAUGGCAUGGGCAUGGUUUCCCUCAUGGAGUGGGUGGGGAAUAGACUUAAUGAAAAGGUUGAAUAAUUACGCUGGAAUUAUUGAUGAAAUAAUGGAAAAGAAUUCUGAUGAUAUUACUAAAUUAAAUAUAGAAACUAGAGCAAUUAGAAAACAAUUAGAAUUACAUGAGUUAGCCAUAGAAAGCAUGAGUGCUGCUUUUACUGGGUUAUGUGAAAAUACAGAAGUUUAUGAGUGUUGUACCUGGUUCCAUAACACAAGUAUUGAGGUACCAGAUUAUUAUGAUAUAAUUGCACAACACCGAAAAGAAGUAUGCAAAUUACAAGAUGAAGCUAGAAAUAUUGCCAAGACAUGGGAUCCUUUUGCAAACCUAAGUUCUGGAGUAGGAAUACUGACAUGGUUAAAAAGUGCUGCCAUAACCAUCAUUAUGAUUAUUCUUUUUGUUUUGUUCCUAUAUGCUUGUUAUAAGCUUAUAAUGUGCAUAAUUGUUAAGGCAUCCCGAAUCCCUGAUCCUGCUGCUGCGAAUAGGAUUUAUCUGAGUAUGUAUUAUGAUAAAAGAAGGAUUAUAUAACUGUGAGACAUACUAUGUCUCAAAAGAGAGGAUUUGUUAAGAACAUAGCAUUGACAACCUCCAUUAUAAGUUCAGAAACGACAUGUUAUGGGUUAAGGAAAAAGUUAAAAAACCUACACAUAAGUUUACGUGGUUCUUAUUAUCUAAAGACACCUUUCACCUAGUUAUUUAUAUAUGAUCAACAUAUGUAUGGACUUUUGCCCUGGCUCAUGUUUGUUUAAGAUAAACUAAGUAUAGUUCUACAACAUUUGUGUAAACACAGAAAACAUAUGUUUUAGGUCACAUCCAUAUAUUAAUUGAACUUAUAUAACACGUACUAGCUAAUGGUAAAUGAUUAACCUGAAUGUAUUCUUGAAAUUACACGUAUGCCUUUUGGGAAAACCCCUCCUAUGUCCUUCUAAAUCUGUAUAUAAGAGGGGCUCAGCCCGAGUAAAGGCAGAUAUCUUAUGAUCACAAAGCA